AUGCAUUUUUCCAUCCCUGACGUGCAGCAGUUUCGUGAUGAUAAUGGGAUCACUUAUACGGGCUAUAAUAUCUACAUUGAUGGAUUCUAUCAUUGCACUGCACGCUAUAAGCAAUUGCUCAAUCUUCAUGAACAAUUACAGGAAUUUGAAUCUCCAUAUAUAUCUCAAAAAUAUGUUAGGCCUGAUGAUAAAAUUGUAUUGCGUAAAAGUUACUGGGAUCCAUGUUAUGACAUUGAUGUGAUGACAGACCGAGUUUCAUUAGAUUUGUUAUAUUUGCAAACAAUACAAGAUAUUGAUUUAGGAUGGAUAUCUGUAAACUCUGACAUAAUGGAUUUAUUAAAGUCUCAUGAAAUGAGGAAGGAAAAAAAAGAGUACAUAGAGUUGGCCCGCACUACGCGGCACUACGGGCGAGUGCCGGCCGGCGAGGCCGUGACGGACGCGCGCCACGUGAUCGACGCGGCGGCCGAGGGCCAGUGCCGGGUUCGAGUCUCGCUCGCCUCCAAGGAGCUCACGCUGAGCAGCGUGGCGCAGCCCCCGCGCGAGCAGCGCUACAAGGUUACUAGGAUGAGGUGUUGGAGGAUCACCACAUUGCAUGCGAUGGAAAGACUACAGACUAACGGACACGGAUCUCUGUUGGAAGAGUCCAACAAGCACUUCGAGCUCUCCUUUGAAUACCUGAUCAGCAAGGACCACUUGGAGUGGAUAACACUGAGGACGGAACACGCGAUAUUCAUAAGCGUCUGUUUGCAGUCGAUAGUCGACGAGCUGAUGCGCCAGAAAAGCGGCUCGGGGCCGGCGUCGCCCCGCUACAAGCGCGGCGGGCUCACCUAUUUGCGACGCGACGGCUCCAGCCAGCUCAUCACCUCUUCCUCCUCCAGCGACACGCUCAGCUCGGUCAACGGUGAUUCCAUUACAUCUGGCAGUUCCAGAGAAAUAUUCUCUGUUCAGAGACUAACUGAGAAAUUCGCCUCAGUGGCAUUCAAGAGCGGUAAAGACUGUGUGGAGAAUAAUGCCUUUGAAGCAAUAGGCGACGAAGAAUUG